AUGGAAGUUGUAGUGACGUAUCGACGCGGUUUACCAGUGAUAAUAGUACCGCUGCCCUCACGUCGGGAGCGAUGCAGGUUCACACUCCGUCCCGUGUCGCAGACCGUCGGUGACCUGCUUGAACAGGUGAAGGCAGAAGACCGCGGUGUGGAGCGCGCUGUGGCGCUCGCAGCGGACGAGCGGAUUCGUAUCGCGGCCAGCGACACGGUCGAGUCGCUGCUGGAAAACGAUUUCCGGCUGCUUAUCAAUGACACAGAGUACUACGUCAAGAGUCCCACCCAGGAGCGCCUUAGUCCUGAAGAGAUCACCAGAUUGAGUGACGUGCGUAACUUGGUCAACCAGUUAUAUGAAGCAUUGAAUGUGCGUGAGCAUCAGAUUCGUAAGGAACGAGAAAUUAGGGCGAAGUUAGAAAAAUUAUCAACUGAGUUGCAGCCGCUUGAAGAGAAACGUAUGGCUUUAGAAAUGGAAACGACUCGCCGUACCUCUGCCUUGACGUGGGUGGGUCUAGGGCUCAUGGGGGUGCAAUUUGGAGUUCUGGCGAGGCUCACCUGGUGGGAGUACUCCUGGGAUAUCAUGGAGCCUGUCACUUAUUUCGUGACGUAUGGCACAGCUAUGGCUGCAUAUGCGUACUUUGUACUUACUAAACAGGAAUACAUUUUGCCGGAUGUAAAAGAUAGACAGCACCUUAUUACGUUACACAAGAAAGCGAAAAAAAUCGGACUCGAUAUUGCUCAGUAUAACCAUUUGAAGGAUGAGGUGGAUAAAUUACAAAAAGACCUCGCUCGCCUCCGAGAUCCCUUGAACAUCCACCUGCCUCCAUCAGACACAUACAAGAUAGAAGAUAUCAAGCGCUCACCCCUGACCAAAAUAAAGGAUAUGCUAGAAGAGACAACCAAGAAAAUGAAAAUCACGUAAUACACGUUGUGAUAGUUAUACGACCUUUAAGUUAGAACCGCGGCUAGAGCUUGUUAUAUUUUGACCGGAGCAUUAUUAGUUUAAAUAUUGGACUAUAUCAUACUAAAUGGGUUAUCAUGAGAUGUGGUUUUUAAUUUUAAAUGAUUUAAUGGUUAGUGAAAGGCAUUUUUGUAAUAUUUUUUUAAAGAAAAUAUCCUUUUUCCAGAAUAUUCGAUUUGACGUUUUAUUUGUCUAUAAAACGCUAUUUUGAGGCCAUUUUUUAUCUUUAUUUAAAGUAUUUUUAUAUUCGGUAUUAUGUCGAAAAUAUACAUAGGAGCAUUAUUUUUGUCAAUUAAGAAAUUUUCGAGUAUUAUUUUUCAAAUAAUAUUAUUAACAAUAAAAAAGACUAACAUAAUCGAUUCUAGUCAUUUAGGAAAAUAGAUAAUUCUAACAUAAUUCACAAAAAUUAGUCUUUAUGAACAUCUCAUUGGUACUGAAUUCAAGCACUAUAUUAGUUUUUAUUAAAACCACAGUUCUGUUAUAAAUCAUAUAUAAAAGAAAUUUAA